AAACGCACGAUCUUCUGAAUCAAUCUUCUCGAUAGAUGAAUAACUCUGUGUGCUAUUAUGAGAACUGAUUCUAUAAAUUUGUGAGCUAAUUUUCAUGUUGUUAAGUGUUGAGUAAGUUAUUAAUCGUGCGGAAGUGAUAUAUGUUUUUUUUUUGUUAUGUACUAUGUAACGAAUUUGAAGCUGAGACAUCCAGGUUCAAGACUAGUGGUAUAACUGGUAGACCAAGUCCUUGUUCACUCAAAUUAAAGCGAGAAAUUAACACCAGCUACAAACUCAAUCUUCAAUAUCAAUCUUCUCUAACUGAAGAACUUUGUGGCUAUUGAGCUAUGAAUCUAUAAGUUUGUGAGUUGAUUUUCUUGCUGCCAAGUGUUAAGGUAGUUAUUAUUCAUUUGAAAUGAAGUGUGGAAGUAUUGUGAAUGAUUAUUUCGUUGAUCAUAUAAUACAGUACAAAUUUUGUUUUUGCUUCUAGUGUUUAGACACACAUUUAGGCCACAGCUAAAAAGCAAGACCCCAACGCCCGACUUACAUCUAGCGCGCCUUCUUGUAUUCUCAUGCUAUUGUUAAUAUUUUACACGUUUAUUUCAUUAUUUAGGAAUCCCUCAAUACCCAGGAGCUCCGAUCGCCGACGUUCUACCCCACGAUCGACCGGCUCUCUCGACGGACGACCUCCCAUGGCUGAUCGGAAGCCCAUCGGCGAGAAGUGCAAGGUUCAAAUUCUGGAACAAGACCUUGCAAAUAUCAACCACCCAGCUCCAAUACCUUCUGGUCAACUCCUUCCCCGACCAAAACCACCACCCCAACGUGCUCCACCGCCAACAAAAGCAGCAGCAACCGAAAAUCCUGCAAGUGGGCCCGUUAAUGCCCAAACACCAAGCCCACACUAGCAACAACGUAACCUUCUGGGAGCAAGACUCGGCCUGCUUACCCUGGCUGGACACCCAAAAGCCCAACUCGGUCCUCUACAUAGCCUUCGGCAGCUGGGUCAGCCCAAUAGGAGAGCCCAAAGUCCGGGCCCUGGCCACCACCCUGGAAGCCCUCCACGUCCCUUUCGUCUGGGUGCUGGGACCCGCAUGGAGGCAGGACUUGCCACGUGGGUACGAGAAGAGGCUGUGGGACAGCCAGCGUGGCAUGGUGGUGUCGUGGGCCCCGCAAAUGGAGGUGCUGCGACACGGCGCCGUUGGGUGGUUCCUGACGCACUGUGGGUGGAACUCGACGGUGGAGGCCGUCCGGUGCCGGAAGCCGAUGCUGUGCUAUCCGAUCGCCGGCGACCAGUUCGCCAACUGUGCUCGGAUCGUGGAGGAGUGGAAUGUUGGGGUGAGGCUGAGAGGGUUCGGGAGAAGGGAAUUGGAGGAAGGGAUGAAGAGUGUUUUGGGAGAUGGGGAGAUGAGUGGCAAGCUGGAGAGUUUGUGUGAAGUGAGUUUGGGGGAUGAAGCUAGGGUUAGGGCUAGCGGUAACCUCGGUGUCUUUGUUGAUCUUGUCCUAAAUUAAGUGUGGAGCACUCCUCCUUUCAUAUUGAUCUUUCAUUAGGGUAGAUGAAGUGUGUGUAUCAUUCUGCUAUGGUUUGGGUGUGUAUUUGCACUAGUUUUGUUGGGUUUUCGUGCAUUUUGCUGAAUAAAAUUUGAAACAUAGAACGAUGAAUUUGAUGAAUUGUAGAUGAUUAUGAAGUUGGUCAGCUCCGGAUCGAUCUAAUUAAACGUACAUCUAAAUAUGUGAUUAUUUUAUUAAUUAAUUUUGUUAAUGCGUUAUAUUGUGCGUUUUGGUUUAGGUGUGUAUCUGCAUAAGUUUCGUUUGACAAUUUCAUGCAUUUUGAUAGUGGAUUUUGUAACACAAAUAGCAUAUUUGAUGAAUUAAAAAAGGCCAAACUUGAAUAAAGAGAAGCUUUAUCCCCCAUCCACCAUAGAGGUGGCGGCCGGUUUGGUUCAGUUAACGGAACCAAAAAGUACUAGAAAUCAAGCUUCGGAUUAGUCAAAUGCUCAAAAUUGAAAACAAAAAAAGAGCCUUUAAUUGCAUUAAGGCUUAUCGGUUUUAUAUUGGUCAAUUAACAGUUUUGGGGUUUAACAAAAACAGUUAAAAGUCUAUCGAUUUUUACCCAUUUAAUGAAAAUUGAUAAACUCGUAUAAAACCUAUUCGAUUAAAACCAAAAACCAAAACCAAACUGCCACACCCCAUCCAGCACCAAAAGGAAAAGGACAACUCAUGACUGAGCCUUCUCCCACAACUAACAAAAAAACUUGCGUGACCACUUAUAUCACAGUGUGAUUGCCUAACAGUCUCCUCCUAAUUAAUUAAAUUAAACCAUGUUAGCUAGCCAGAAAGAGCUUAUAAAAUUAAUUAACCACUGUGGGUAAGAAUCAGCGAAACUAGACCUCCCAACUGAAUUGCUCUACAGAUUGGAAAAAAAGAUAGGCUGAUCAACUCCAACAACCCAUUUUUGGCACCUAUUUUUCGUGACACCCAAUGCACGGCGGAAAACCCACUCUUACAAUAUUAAUUCGUGCCGACCAUAAUUAGUUAAUUACUUUAGUUCCGGCCGGGCGGCCGGCCGACGAGACAAGUGGUGUACGUCUUGUCACAAUUGAACAUGCAUCAAAUGGCCGGAAAGGCAAGGCAAGGCAAAACCCCAGACGUGAAAGUGAUGAAACACACGAGGAGAUUUAAUAAUUGCACGUUGCCAGCCACCCCAAAGCGCUUCUUACCCGCUAAACAUAAAUUGCACGUUUUGGCACAGGCUUUUGGUGGAGCCCCAUAAUAAAGUAAAGUAUUCCAU